AUGGUGAGGGGCUUCAACCUCAUCACGACAUACGAUGGCAGCGAAUCCAUAUGCCAAAAGCUGCGGCGCCAAUUCCGCGGCCCGGCGUUUGCCCUUCUCUGCGUCCUCGUCGCCGAGCGCACGCUCGGCCUCGACAUGUGUGCGCACAUGGACUCGCUCGGCGCCAAAACCUUGGCGCGGCUCUUUAGCGCGGGCGUCGCGUUCAACGUGACCUACUACACGAAGAUCCUGCUACGGCGGAUCAAGCUGCCGUCGACGGCCCUCACGAAGAUCGAGACCACGAACUUUGGUUUGCUAGAGCGAUUCGGCGUGCUCGCGCCCGACGGCAAGGUCGGGCCGCUCGUGAAGGUCAUGCACCCCCAAGUCUGGUCGACGUACGACGUUGCGGACGCCGCCGCCGAAUUUACGGUAGCAUGCACCACUUAUGCGUUAUGUCUUGAUUAUGCGGGAACAAUAUCGUUGCCCUGGGAGGACUUCUACUCGCCGUUCUGCAUCUUCGGCGUCAUCGUCGUCAUGUGUUGCUGUGUCUUUGGCUUUGUUCGACUCAAAAAUGGUGAUGAUACGGAGCCCCACCGGAACCACCUCGGCUGCCUCGUCGCGAGGAUUUGCAUCCUCGGAAAUUUAACGGUCUUCACCAUGAAGGCGACCUGCAUUUUCAUGAUCAUGAUGUGGCAGUACGUCGGCGGUCCCUUAUUAAUCGACGAGUACUACAAGACGUUCCGGAAGAUCGACAAUGGGCGGAACGUCAAAACGCCUUUUCCGAACACUCUUUUCGAGCCGUACGAGAAGGGCACGACCGACGAAGAAGUGGAGACGGCCGGCUUUGACCAGGAGGCGCCAGAUUUAGAUCCGAGCAAGAUAGGUGGUGACGAUGGCGAUUCAUCAAAAUUAGUCUUCGAGUUCGACAACAAGAGGGAUCUGGGUGGUUACUCGUCGUUUCUUACCACGUUCCGAGACGCAUUCAACAAUAAUCUAGAUAAGACCAUUAGGCGCCUGAAGCACUACUUCGAUCGCGACGACGAAAGGGCAAGUGGCAGCGUUGAUUUACCUUCAAAUGAACGCCGUCGACGCGAUAUUGUACGCCGCAUGACUGCUUGAUGGCGUGGAGUUGAUUGCGCGACUCACUGGUCCACAUCGACACAGGCCGAUGCCGAAGCGCAGGGCGUCGGCUCCUACUUCGACAUGCGGUGCUUUAAAUUCGAGGGGAUGAGGGCCUGGUUGCGGGAGCGCUGUGGACUGUGCUCGUCGUUGUUAGAUAGGGCGCGGGCGAUGAUCGCGAGACCCAAACCGGCCGCUGGCGAGAAAUACUGGAUGGUUGUGCAGACGUUUCUGCCAUGCUUCGACCCCUUCAAACCUUUGCCGCUGCUCUUAUUUACGGAGGUAGUACCUCCGUACAAGAUGAUCUGGUGGUCGUCUCUCGCCAAGACGCUCGCGGUCCUGAAGGCUACGCGAGCGACUGGCAUGUAUUUAUUGUUGACGUUACUAGACACGCUACGGUAUGAUUGGAAGUUGAAGGUGCCGCAGAAUUACCUGUCGACCGACGGGAAGCGGUGGGAUUUAAAUAGAUUGAAAAUCCGCGAGGCGGCGCCCAAAUUCCUCAUCUUAUUUAUUUGGUCGCUCUGGUGGAUUCUGAGGCUCUUUUGGUUAAGUCUCUUCCGGGGCUUUGGAUUUAGGGUGCUGACACGGCGUCCUCGAAGCACCUUGGAAUUGAGUGACGCCAUCGACGCGACGUUGACUUCUGCUCGAUGGCGUGGAGGUUGACGCCGGUCGAGGACGUCCGCCGAGGCACGCACGCGUCAUGAUGUCCACACAGGUCUGCCUGGUGCGCCAGGACGGCACCGUCGUCAAGGAGUGGGUCGCGCAGCGCCGCGCCGCGACGCGCCACCCGAUGCCGCCGUUCCCCGACAAAAUCAACCUGCACCUCUCGAAAGAAUCUUACCACAAUGUCGGCGCCUCGGCGGCCGGCGAGGCGCACGCCGUCGACGUCAAGCUGCUGGCCGACUGCCUGGAGCACCUGGCCGACGACGAGCUCUUCGAGAAGGUCGCGGCGCUGGGGAAGUAGACGGGCUCCUCGUCUCUAUCUAGCAAGUAACUACGUGAUACUGUGCAAA